AUGGCAGAAGUUUCAUGGGCAGCUCUUCUGCAGCCUCUUGAGGCAAGCGCUGCAGCAACAGUAGUGUUGAUUCUUCAGCUCGUGCCCAUCCCCCUUGCCGGAGCUGUGUUGCGAUCUUUAGCAUGGGCCUGGCACAAGCAGUCUCUAGCAUCAAAUAGCUCGGAGAAUGUGGUGUGGAAAGUUGCUCGUUACUUGCCAGCGCUCACGUGCGGACAGCGCACUGUGGCGCCACUGUUGUCCUCUCUCAAAGGCUUGCAAAAGGAUUGCCCGACGCUCCCUGUGGUGCGGGUGUCCAGUGCCAGGUCCCAAUGUCCUUGCGGCCAUGAUCUUCGGGAGAAAGCCCCAGUUGCCGAAGCCACCAUUGCAAACAAUGCGGCUGCGUCUCGGAGGACUAGUAGCAAUCGCUACAAGGUUUACUCUUUGAACGCAGGCCUCUUGUGGGCGGAUUUUGUGGAGCAGCAGUGCCCGGCUUGCCGCAAGUACUUCUUGGGGAAUUGGUCUUUCAAGCGGCAACAGUCUGGCUUCGGGCAUAUAUCAAAUUUGCAAUGUCAGUCAUCCGCCGCAGAUGGCUUUUUCAUUAUACCUCGCUACCGGAGCUUCUUUGCGGUUGAAAUAGCACUUCUCAAACACCUCACUGACAGCCUGCAUUUCAGCGGAGGGUCGAUGAAGGCUGCAGUCUUGGUAUGGGCCAUGCGUCAUUCAGAGGCUUGGCAGCAGGAUUUGCUCUUGGGCCCAGACAGAACUCAGCUGCCGCAUACCAUCAGCAACUUGUUGUCCGCUUGGUAUUCUUGGAGGGCCUUUGACAUGGCAGGCCAGCUAGCUGAGCCUAUUGUUUGGGAUAUGACCCCAGCCGGCUUCGACGCUUCCUUGUUAGCGCAUACAGCGGCCAUCCGAGAGCAGCAUUUAGAUUGGGUUGCGGCCCAUAUCAAAGCAUGCCCUCGCUGUCGUGACAAUCCUUGCGUCAUUGUGGAUGGGAAGGCUGGCGCUCGGCGACUGAUUUGCGCAGGCACAGAUGGUACAGUAUCCUUCCCAGACCUUGGCGUAGAAUUCGCUUCUGGCUGCACCAACUUUGCGCACGCAAAGCACCAGCAUUGCUCUGCAUGCCGCCACUUGCCCGAACAUGACCACCUCAUUGCCGAUCAGCUUUCCGUGCUUGGCACAGAAGAGCGCGAGGAUGCUGACGGCCAAGGCCUUGAGAUCAUGUACGUCGUGCAAUGCAAAGAUCCUUCUGAUGCCUCGCAGGUAGUGGAAUUGCUUCUGCCGCACCAAGAGGUGCGAAAAGAUUUGCUCCUGACCUUUGAAAGAGGGCUUUUGCCACAAAAGACAGAUCAUCGCAACAAAAAAGCUGCAAAAGCCAAGGGCUCGAGACAAAAAGCUCGGUGGCUGCGAAAAAACGAUGCAUCUUGUUCAAGCAUUCUGGCACCCAAGAAGGCGCGUGUCAAGAAGAAGCCACGUUUGCCUGCCAAGCCUGCCAAGUUAGAGCCCACUGAGUGCACAGUCGACAAAGAUACCCACCGCCGCCGCCGAACCACAGGAGGCAUUUUGACUUGUGUGCUUAGUUGCGGAUUGUUGGCCGACUUCAUCGAGAUGUGGCGUGGGGAGCAAAUGGAAUUAGUGUACGUCUUUCUCCUUCAGUUUCUCAAAGACAUGCAGACGCGUGGGGUUUCCAUUUCUUGCGUUGCCUAUGAUAAUGCUUGCAAGCUGUGGAAAACAGUGCAAGAGAAGAAGGAUAGCAGGCCGCCAUGGUCUACCAACUUUUCACAAAUUGGGCUGGUUCUGGACCACUUCCACAAGCGCAAUCAUACGUGGUGCUUGAAGAAUCUUCCCCAGACAAACCCGGACACACCGCAAAAUGCGGCGCUGCUGAAAAACAAAAACACUGAAGCGUGCGAACAGCUGAACAGCUGGAUCACAGGAAGAACCAAAUCCAGCUUGGAGAUGCCACCUGGUCGCUUUGCCAUUUAUUGGCGCACCUUGUUCCAGCAGCACAAUGUUUGGUUGGAGGCAGAGGCUGACUGCUUGCGAAGACGAUUUGCCAAAGGCAAGAUGCAGCAUGUUUUCAUUGUGCACGACCAGCGGCCGCACCUGGGCGCCGUUGAGCAGUACAUGGUCCAAGCCCAAGGUGCGACAGCAAAGCCUCUGGCUUGGUUUCAGUUGGCGGACGAGAAGGCAGCCCACUUGGAGUUGCUGGCUGCAUUAAGAUGUGAAGGGUUGAAGUGUUUGAUGCACGGUGCGCUGAUGCUGACAGAAUGCAGCACUGUCGCAAGGCAUCCAAGGUUUCUGUCUCGGUGCACGCAUUGUAAGAUGUCCCCACUUCGACACUUCCUCUGCUUGGCUUUGGUUUGUGGAGCACGUGCUGCGAAAAGAGGGAAAUACACGCCAGCGAUGCCUGAGGAGCGCACCAUGAAUGGCAAAGAUGUGCGCCAAGCCACAAAGCUCUUAGAGACCAUGUGCCCUUUCCCUUCCGAGACUAUGGCCCAAACUGUGCCCUGUUCUUGGCAGUUCGCUGGGGCCCUAGCGCGGGCCACGAGCUUGCAUCAGAGCUGCGCCUUUGUGCACCUUCUCAUCAUGUUGUCACUGGUCCUGAACGCCGUUCAAGUCCGUUUUGGAGGCAUCUUAGGAAAGUUCCCCAACAUCCUGAUGCUUCAGCAUGGUGAACCUGGGGAUGGCAAAUCCAUUGCCCUGUGGCUGGUCCUUCAAGUUUUGUACUACUUCGACACCAUCAAAAGCAAGCAUGAUGCUGCCAGGCAUCGCAUCGACUCGCGCCGCUAUGAAGAAGCAAAGCGAGCUUACGAAGGAGCGCUUGCAAUCAAUGACCCUGAAGCUGAAGAGCCAGUUCCACCAACCAAGCCAGAAAAACGAGAUUCUGUGCAGAACAAAGGAACUUUCUAUGGAUUGGGAUGCCUCCUCGAGAAGCAAGGUGGGCGUGCAUUCCUGGCCUUGCAUGAAGGCAAGUCUUGGCUUUCUGAAGCGUUCGAACAUGCCAAAGGCGGAGGCUUGGAGGAUUUGAACCAAAUUCUCGACCACGACAUCUACAAGAACAACCCCGCCACAGGACAGUCUCGCUUUCAUGUGCGAAACCCGCAUGUUGUGGGCGCUGUCCUGAUGCACCUCGAAGAGUUGCUGGACAUUGGGAAGAAAGGCGACAGCGUUGCGGGACUCCCACGCUUCUUGAUCGGUCAUUUCUUAUCAGUCUGCAGCAAGGUCUGCCCAGAGAACUUGUCUGCCCAGGAAAUGCAAAACUUGCUCCUCGAAGACCCCAAUUAUUUCAAUGACCUUUCUUAUGAUGAGAUUGUCAAGGCUGCAACCAACUUGCUCUUGCUUGCUGAUGCGGCUUUUCCUUCUCAGCGUCGGAGAGACGAUGAAGUAGGGCCUGCCGCAAGCAGGUACUCCGAGAUCCGAGGAAUUCACACCAUGGAGUUUGCAGAGGGCGUUGUUAGCAGUUUCCAACAAGACUUCAAUGAGAUGGUGGAUGAUUACCGUAAGGCCAAGAAAGCAGGCGAUGCCAAGGCAGCACUUCUCAGCAAAGACAAGACCAGGCCCCUUCAGUUCAUCCCAGGCAUCCACAUCUUUGAGCAAGGCUUGCUCCACCUCUUGUCCUUGGCAAGCGUCCCCGCUGAUCAAUGGCAGAACCUUUCCCCAGAAGACAUGGUGCGGAAAGUGGCCGCGGUAAAUCCAGAUGUUUUCUUCAGUGAUUUUCUGCCAAGCUCCGUGCCUCCAUGUGCUACCCAGCAAUCCGUUGAUGCAGCAUUCUCUCUUUCCAGGUGGUUCCAAUCCGUCUACCACUUCAGCACGAACGCUGCUCAAAAGCUGGACGAAUUUCGAAAAGACCGUCUUAUUAAGACGGACUUGCCGCAGCCGAGCGCCCAAGCAUUUGCUGAGAAGCUGCAAAAGGCGGCUGCUGCCACAUUGAUUGACCCCGGCAACACCUUUCUGACCAUGGACAGGGUUACCUACAAACGCUUUGUCUUCGAUGCCAGCAACACGGAUGCCGAAGUCUAUGCCAAGCACUGCGACCUCAUCCUUCUCGCCCUGAUUGGCUUCAUUGCCAUCGGCCAUGGAAACUGGGCAAAGGUAAAGUACGCAGAAGAUGAUCCCAACUUCAUGUUGGCGGCCAACCGGCUGCAACUGUUCUCCCCAGAAGUCUCUUUUCAGGAGUUGCGCGCUGCCGUUCCUUUCAAUGAAGGGCCCCUUCCCAACCUUGACCAGGACAAUGCAGACACUGUGUGUCAAGCAUUGGUCAAACUUCUGAAAGGCUUCCCGAUUGCCAUUGACAAGCUGCCUGACAUUCAGGCUCUUGCUGUGCACGCCGACAUUCCGCCUUCGCAACCUGAUCCUGGUGCAUCACAAGCUGUCGCAACUUCUCCGCACAAGAAGCCGGAAGAACAGCAUGUGUUGACACAGGUUGCUCUUGGAAAUCCUGAGGCCAGUGAUGAUGAGCCGCCGGCGAAGCGGCUGAAAGACGAACCUCUCCAAGUCGCUGACCUGCGCAAUCACAAAGACACGAUGACGAAGAUGCUGGCUUGGAUCCUCAAGCAGAAGAACCAUUCUAUGCCGCAAUGGCGCUUGAAUGAAAAAGUGCGAGAGGUUCAUCCAACAACAGAAAAAUCCUAUGUGCUGGCUGCCAAAGUCACAAAGCUUUUGAUUUCAGCUACGCUAGCUGUGCCGACGCCAAACAAAACCAACAGCUUUGACCUUGUGAAGGUUCCUCAGGAAGAUCGCGAUUCCAUCGUCAUUGAGUUGGAGAAGGUUGGCAUCUUGAAGCCUGGAGACAAGCAGAAGGUCACAGUGCAGUUGGGAAAAAGAGACACUGCAGCAGUUUUUGAAGAGUGUAAGUUCCAGGAGUGCAUGGCAUUGUGUGCUGAAGGCUUCAAAGGACACGCAGAGUGA